CGUCUGGUGACGCAGUGCUCCUUGCCAUACUCGGCGUCUUUUCUGUGAAGCAGUGGACAAUUGCUCCAGAACGGGUGGUCCCAUCGACAAUUCUCUGGAGCUUGCCUGUUACAACCUUCUUGCUGCAUCCUGUUCUGCAAUCGGCCUGAAACUUGCUGGUACGGCAAGACAGGAAGCGUAGCUGUUGUCUGGCAUGAAGAUCAGAUUGGUACACAACAAGUCCAACAGGGCCUCACUGCUUUUGUCUUUGGACCGUGACCUACCAAUGCACCACAUUCAAUAUGAGAACACAGCUCAUGCAAGGGAUCCCAUUGCCAGUGACACAUGGGACCACUUGCUAGUAGAAGAGAAUGCACAGCAUCCUUUUACAAACACAUCACUUGAGAUGCCUCCUUGGAUGAGAUGGCCAAAGCUACUGGCUACAAGGUUGAAUUGUUCCAUGAAUGUCUUGCAGGUCAUGGAAUCAACAUGCAGCAGCUGCAAUCAAUCAGGGAUCAAUCCCAGCAGUACUGCACAGAGAAGGAGCUUAUCACUGCUGAAUCUAUGGCUUCUGCUCAACAUACACAAGAAGCUGAUAAGGAUAUCAUUGGCAAAGUUUCUAAGCGCCGUAAACUUGGUGAAGUACCUGGUAUUGGUGACUGAGAUACAUGUCAAGCAAUGGUAUUAUGCAUCAUGAAGCAAGAUCUCCAUGACUCCAAUUUCAUUUGGGUGUUACCAUUGUUUAGAAAGGGAGAGGCUAGGCAGAAAUAUGAGCAAUUGGCAGAUCAAUUGGAUUUGAAAUUGGGGCUCAGAGAACCAGCAGUACUGAUUUGCAUAACUAAACAGAUGUACUGGAAAAAUCUUGGACUUGUA